ACACAGACCCACACAGAGACCCACACACAGAGCCCCACAGAGACACACACACACAGACCCACACACAGAGACCCACAGCGACCACCACCACCACCAGCGGCGUGCAUCUACCGGCCCGGCAAUGGCUCCGGCGCGGCCGGCACGGGUGGACUCUGUCCGGGCGGCCUUCGAGUUGGCCAAGCGUCCGCACGUGAACCAGGAGCGCCUCGUCGCUUCCCUGCGUGAGCUGCACGGGCAGACGGAGGACCCCGCCGCCUUCCUGGAGGAGUUCCUGUCCCACGUCAGGCACCUGAUGCUGCUCACCGCUCGCCGAGAGCCUCAGGUGGAGCGCCUCGUCAACUUUGCCGCCAGAUUCGCGGCAUCCUUCCAGGCCGGCGGCAGCGGCCGCGGCGACGAGGAGGAGGAGGAGGAGAAGGAGGAGGAGGAGGAGGAGGAGGAGGAGGAGGAGGAGGAGGAGACGCUCCUCACGCACUUCUACGACUUCCUGCUCAAAUGCCAUGCUGCACGCCGGCAGUCUGUGCGCUUCCGCUCGUGCCAGCUGCUGUGCCUGGUGCUGCUCCAGCUGGGUGAGGCGGCUUGCCUCGGGGCGCGCCUUCACGCCCGCCUGCGCUCAGCGCUGCUGGCGAGGGCUCGCGACCGGGCGCCCAGCGUCAGGGCACGUGCUGCAGGAGCCCUUGCCCGCCUGCAGGAGCCCACGGAGCCACGCUGCCCCGUCAUCGCUGCCUACGAGGUGCUGGUGGAGUUGGAUCCCAGCCCCGAGGUGCGACGAGCUGCCCUGAGCUCCGUGUGUCUCUGCGCCCGCACCCUGCCGCUGGUCCUUCGCCGGACCAGGGACGUGCGUGAGAACAUUCGCAAGCUGGCGUACCAGGUGUUGGCUGACAAGGUCCACAUCAGGACCCUGACCAUCGCCCAGCGCGUCAAACUCCUCGACCAGGGACUCAAGGACCGCUCCGAGGAUGUGCGUGCGUGCGUGAGCUCCAGCCUGCUCCAGGGCUGGCUGCGCUCCCUGGAGGGAGACGCUCUGCAUCUGCUGCGUCUCCUUGACGCCGAGGGCGACGAGGAGCUGGCCGCCUCCGUGCUGAGGGCCCUCUUCCGCCCUGCCAAGCCUAGCGACCUCGUGCAGCUGUGUAGCUUCCUGGACGAGAGGAGGCUGGUGCCGGUGGGAGAACUCACACCCGAAGUGGCCAUCUACUGGCGCUGCUUGUGCCAGUAUGUGGGCUCGCUGGCGAGCCCCGGGUUUGACGCAGCGGAUUCGCUCCUACCACAGCCGCUCCAGUUCGCCGCCUACCUCAAGGGCUACAUCCUUGGCAUAUCGCCCGUCGGCGGUGAUGGCGGUGAUGGCGGUGAUGGCGGUGAUGGCGAUGAUGCGGUGGAGGUGAUUGCAGAGCGGCUCAGGAAGGAGUUCAUUGCUCAGCAGCUCAUCACUUUGGCAGAUUGCCUGGACCUCAGUGACGAAGCUGGCAGGAGCUUCUUGCUGGGCGCCAUCCAGGAGCUGCUUUGCUCUCCGUCGCUGUCCCCUCCCCUCGUCGCCGCCCUCGUCGCCAUGCUGAUGAGGAACGUGGAGACGGACGACGAGAGGAGGAUCAGCCUGGUGGCCGAGUUGAUCUCGGAGGUACGGGAUCCUGUGGUGUCCCUCGCUCCACCACCACCUCCAGACCCCGCACAACAGAGACGCCUUCAGCUGCGGCUGGCUUCAGUGAAAGUUCGUCUCCACGAGGCGAGGGAGGAGAUGGAUCACUGCGUCUCCAUGCAGGAGUUUGUGGGCGCACAGCGCCUCAAGGUCACCGUGGAGGAGCUGGAGGCCGAGCGUGAGGAGAUCACUCGUGAAGAACAACAACAACAACAACAACCAGCAGAGCAGCGUGUGGAGAAGAGUGACCCUGAGACUCUGCUACGAUGUCUCACCAUGCUGGCCGAGCUCAUCAAGGUGCUGCCGCUGGGCCGGUCGCUGCAGCCAACCGUCGCCUGCUUGCUACACGAGCUGGUGCUACCGGGCAUUGUGAAUGAGGAGCCGGCGGUGCGGAGUGUCGCCGUCCUCUGCCUUGGCUCCAGCGCCCUGCAGAGCAGAGAGCUGGCCACCCAGCACCUUGGCCUCCUCUUCCAGAUGGCGGAGAUUGACACGGAGGAGGUGCGCUGCAUAGCGCUGAAGGCCAUCUUCGACAUCCUGCAGACCCACGGCCUUGAGGCCUUCGCUUUGCCUGAGGGGGCGGAGGAGGAGGAGGAGGAGGCUGAGGAGGAGGAGGAGGAGGAGGUGGCGAUGAGGAAGGAAGAGGAGAGACGGGACGGAGCCAAGACCGUGGGAUCAAUCCUCGCACUGCUGUCCAGCUUCCUGGAUGGAGAGAGUGUGGACCUGCGCUGUGUAGCUGCUGAGGGCCUCUCCAAGCUGCUGCUGUCUGGCCGCGUGCUCAGCGCCCGCCUGCUGUCCCGCCUGCUGCUGCUGUGGUAUAACCCGGCCACGGAGGGGGAGGGUCGCCUGCGGCACGGCCUUGCCGUCUUCUUCACGGCCUUCGCUUACUCCAGCCGGGAGAAUCAGGAGUGCGUGGAGGAGGCUUUCCUGCCCACCAUGAUGGCGCUGUGGGAGGCGCCAGAGUCUUCGCCGCUGUGCGGGGUGAACGAUGCCAACGUCGCCGACCUGCUGGUGAACCUCACGCGGCCCAGCAUGCUGAGAGACUCGCGGCAACACUCGGGGGGCCCCCCCCGUGCACGAGUCCCUGGCCCUGCGCUUGUGCAGCGCUCUGCUGGAGUCACCGCCGGCAACUCGGUGGGGAGGAGGCGGUGGAGGCGGUGGGGAGGCGGUGGAGGAGGAGGCGGUGGAGGACGCCGCCGCCUGCUGCUGCUGCGCUCCCUCUCGUCGCUGGAGCUGCCCACGCACUCAGAGGGAGCGGCCACCAACACCAACACCAGCACCAACUCCAACAACACCACCACCAACAACACCAACUCCACCAACAACUCCAACAACACCGCCAACACCAACACCAACACCACGAGGGAGCCGCUGUGCAUCCUGCUGGGGCAGCUGGCGCAGGUGAUGACUGAUCGAGUCUCCCAGCGGCUGCUACAGCGGAUGCAGCAGGCCCUGUCCGGUGAUGCGAAGCCUGCCGGGAGCCAUCGCAAAGACGAGAGCGAUGGGGAGGGAGCGGAGGUGGAUGAUGAUGAGGAGGAGGAGGAGGAUGAUGAGGAGGAGGAGGAGGAGGAGGUGGAGGAGGUGGAGGAGGAGGUGGAGGCUGCGUCCAUCCGUGAAGAGUCAAAGUCUGCCAGAUCGGCCAGGGGAAAGUCACACACUCCGAUGUGCACUGCGGAACGCAAGGGGAAGAGAGACCGUCCACAAGCAUCAGCAGCAGCAUCAGCAUCAGCAGGAGACCCCGCGUUGACAUCUGGGCGUCUGUCCACAGAGGCCGUGGGAAUCGUUCCGAACUCUGCUAGGCCCCCACGCAGGGCUAAGACGGCAGCCUUGGAGAGGACACGUAGCUCCGUCAGCAGCGGAAAGAGCAGCUAACACGCUCACACAAUCACACACACUCACACA